AUGAGUAAUCCAACUGGUAUGGGCAAUGCAACUGCUCGGCAUUUGCAAGAGGUUCAUAAUCAAAUGAUCCGUCAUAUCAAUCAAAACAAUCAUCAACAAGCUCAUUCCGUACACGGUCAUGUGCAUGAAAGUCGACGAGCACCUGAAGCUGCACAUGCAUCGAACGCUUCACAUCAUAGUUAUCAUGCUGCAGCCAGAGCUCAUCCACCCAGUCCUUCCGUACAUGAAUUUGCCAGACUCUUUGUACAUUAUCUAAUUCAUCCUAAGAAAUAA